AUGUCGUGGUACUCAAAAAUUUAUGUAUUUGUUCGAAACUAUCGCAAAAAGCAUCCCUUUCGAGGAUUCUUUCUAAAUUUAUCUCUAAAUGCGCUCCUUCUCAUGCAACUUCUCAUUUUCAUUUAUUCAUACUACGUAUAUACAUGGAUCACUUGUUUUCAAUUCCUAACAAAUACCACUCAGAUUACAAUCUAUCUAAUUGUUUUCAAUGUAAUUCUCUUCAUGAUGCUUUGGUCACUUGUAAUGUCAAUUGUCACACCAACUGCACGAGUACCCAUUCAGUACUUUACUGAUAAAGAAACGGAUGAGAGGAUAAAAGCAGUGACACCUUUCAAGGAGGAUCGAUAUCUUCCGGAUACAUCUACUAAUGAGCAGAUACAAAAUCAAUCUAAUAUAUUGAAUAGUUUUGCUGAAAAUAAAGGAUUACGUUUCGUUGAGGUGGACAAUUAUAAUCGUCUAAGAUAUUGCUAUCAAUGUUCGCUUAUCAAACCUGAUCGAAGUCAUCAUUGCUCAUCGUGUGGUUUCUGUGUCGUUAAGUAUGAUCAUCAUUGCCCAUGGAUCAACAAAUGUGUCUCAUUCAAUAAUUACAAAUAUUUCAUGCUUUAUCUAAUCUAUAGUUGCAUCUUAUUAGCCUGGGCAUUGUUGACAAGCAUAGAAUGUAUCAUUCGUUAUUUUGUGCGACAACAAUGGACCGAACAAAUUGUUAAUUUUAUUUGUGUCUUUUUAUGUGUCAUUUUAUUUGCUAUUUUUGGUUAUUAUCCACUUGGAGAGCUUCUCAUUUAUCAUAUACGACUUGCAACACUUAAUGAAACCACUUGUGAACAAGCAAAACCACCAAAUAUUCGCGGGGAUUCAAAUGCCGAUUAUAAUAUGGGAACAUAUCGCAAUUUGCGUGCUGUAUUCGGUUGGGGUUUAUGGGCAUUUCCGGUUGAUUCUCAUAUAGGUGACGGGAUACACUUUCCCAUCUGUUAUUCCGAACGAUCAGCAGCUUGUACUGAAAUACGAUACGGCGUAUACAGAGAAGAUGAACAGAACAAAAGUUGUGAGCAUCAUUUCUGA